AUGUCAAACAAUAUGAUCAAAAAGACAUUUAGAAAAAACUUUGCUAAAGUCCCUACGUUUAUCGAAGUUUCUCCUACCGCAUUGUGUUGUUCUUCAUCAAUUGUUUCCCCGUCACCCAUAGAAGAAACCAUGGUAGCUAAACGGCAAAUACUUCAGCAAGGUAUUCCUGCUAGAUAUUCAUCAAUAAAAAAAGCAUUUCGAUACGAAACCAGUCAUUUAAAUAAAUUACAAGAAACCAUGCAUGAUCUUGAAAAAAAUGAUCAACGGCCAAAGACAGCUCCAGAUUUAAUGUUCAUGAGAGACAAAAUGGAUCAACCUAUAAAAUAUCUUAGACGGCAUAUGACUAUUAAUGGUGACACGGAUAGUUUGAAUAGGUAUAAUUCCUCUGAUUUGAUCCGUUACACAUUACACGACAAAGAUAUACCCCGACAUAAUAGUAGUUCUUCAAUUAACACGAUGGCAAAUGAAGAGUUCCACCUAAAAGAUCAGCAUGGUAUUGACCUGAAAGAUGCCUUACAUUAUGAUAUGACAUCUGACAAUGAUUAUGCUCGAGAUAACAUUGCCGUUCCUCCUAAUUAUUACCACGCGGUGAUACAGCAGCCAAAUAGACUUUUAUCAUCGUCCUACUGUGAUUCUAAUCUAAGGGAGCAAAUCAAAGAACAGACCUGCCAAUCUUUGACACAUAAUAAUUCAGCAGAGGCUCGUUUAUCUGGCAUUAUUCACAGUGGUACACAGUUCAGCAGUCCUGAAUCUACAACUUCUUAUUAUCACACAACAACAGAAGAAAAAAAUAGUGGGACAAUAUUAACUUCUUCCACUUUACCACAAUCUUUUUUAUCACACCUUUCACUCAUGAAUAAUAACAGCAAGGAAUCAGCCUUGCCCAUAAAAAAAUGGUUUCCUUACUUUACCUAUUUAACAACAAUGAUUAUGUUUACAUACUUUAUAGCUAGUAUCACAGUCAAUUUUCGACUGACUGGACAAUUCAUAGAGACAUCGCCUAUCAAUGCGAUGGUAGGUCCUUCCACAGAGACGCUGAUAUACAUUGGUGCAAGAUAUGUGCCAUGCAUCAAAGCAACCAAUACUCUAACAAGCGCCGUCGAAGCCAUUUAUAACUGUCCUACCACUGGAUUGAUUAAUACAAAUGUUACAGUCCCAUCUGUAUAUAAACAUAUUACAGCUAAUUCUUCCGCUGUAACUUUUAACAGACCAACAACAUACGGUUGUAAUUUGCAAACCUUGUGUGGUGGCACCACAUUUCGAAAUCCCGAUAAACCUGAUCAAGGUUACAGAUUUGUCAGUGCUUUAUUUAUUCAUUCCGGCCUACUUUCAUUACUUCUCAAUACAAUCAUUCACGUCAAACUCGGAACUCAAAUUGAAAAAAUCAUCAAUCCUGUCAGAUAUGGUGCCAUCUGGAUUGGGUCGGGAGCAUUUGGAUAUAUUUUCGGCGCUGUAUUUGUACCUGAAAGCAAUGUAAGUGCUGGCUGUUCUGUUGCUAUGAUGGGAGUAACGGCAUUCUUAUUCAUUGAUCUUAUCAGAAACUGGAAUCGUAUCAACAACCCAUGUAGAGUAUUGCUUGAUGUUGUUGGAUACUUUUUUAUUUGCAUUGUGCUUGGAUUUUUGCCUGGGUAUGAUAAUUUUGCUCACAUUGGCGGCUUUGUAGGAGGUUUGAUGAUUACAUUGAUGGUGUUACCCAUUGUGGCAAACGAACAUCCUUCCUCCUCCGAAUCACAAAAAGUUGCUGUGCGAUUUGAUGAGCAAAUUAUUCAGUUGUGGAUGAUGCGAAUUAUGGCUACUGCGUUUAUUACUAUUUUAAUGUGGAUUGCACUUCACUUAUUAAUGGAAGGUGGAGAACAAAAUAUCAGGGAAUCAUCCAUGAUGGACGAUUAAUUCAUAUACUGCUAUAUAUUUAGACAAUAAUCACCAAUCGACUGUAUACCCUUUACCUCAAUACAAAUAAUUCCCUUUUAAUAAAAAUCAAUCCACUUACACACAGUAA